CGUCGCCUUUGCGCCCUAGCACCUAUUCUGCGCGCCUGCUCCUUCUACGCCUCUUUCUUCUUCAGAUUUGCGCUCUCGUUCCUCGACUUUACCCCUUAAGCCCACGUUGAGGUCAGAGAGGGCGACUUGGACAGCUUCCAAGUCGUCUCUCGAUCGUUUCGUGCGUGCCACAACAUCGUCCUGGCGUUUGAGUCACAUUUUUAGUACUGCGGGGCCGGUCAAGCUUCGCCGCCCUCGACCAUGGCUGCGGUUGCCAAGCGGGCGCCUGCUUCGCCUUCGUCGUCAUCGCUCUCGCCUUCGCCACCUCAGAUCGAUGCUUCCAUCUUUGCGUGCCCCUGCCUCAAUGUGCGCAUCAGCGUUCCAUCUGAAGACAGCCCAGGUGCGACGUCAACGGAGCCCACGAACACGCAGCACGGCCAAGCGAACAAGGGUUCCCGAGAGCCGUUAUCAGUGACUCGCAUCAUCUCGUCAUUAGAUGUAGUGCAGGGAUGCAGGAUCACAGUGGCCCAGCCUCUUGUCACAACGCGCGAGACCAUUGGAUCAACGCGCGAGACCAUUGGAUCAGCGACUUCAUCGGAUGCAAGAACCCCUGUGGCGUUGCGCUGCCUCAAUUGCGGCGUGCCUGUAUAUGCUGUCAACGAGCAAAAGUCAUCAGAGAAGGACACCAACGGCACGGCCAUCGCGACUCCGGAAAGCCAAUCGACACCGCUCCCCGUUCGACGGGGAGAUCAGCUCUGGAUCUUGGACAGCUGCUUGAGCGGUGUCCGUACCAUUGAGCGGACAGCCAGCUCGCAAUAUUUUUCCAAGGCUUUCGGGCUCGUCGUGCAAGAAGCUGCUCCCAAAAAGGACAGUGGGAAGAGCUUGACUCGUAACGACGGCGAGGAGGGCCGCGGCGAUGAACAAAGCUGGAGACAAGAAGAGCUAGACGAAGAGGAGGUAAGGUCACCGCGCAGACGGCGUCAGGUAGCCCCGGUACAGCAAGGCACUGGCGUCUCUUCGCCUAUGCGGUCGGUCACAGCGACGAGGAGCAGUAGUGGCAGUGGCAGUGGCAGCCGCAGCAGCAGCAGGCAUCUUCCUCAAGAUGACCAGAACGACGUGGACGUGGACACGCUGCGUCUCCUGGGCGAUCUUCUACCACCCAUUCCCUCGCACAUCGUCGUCUCCGCUUCUUCUUCUUCUUCUUCUUCUUCUUCCUCCUCCUCCUCCGCGUCAUCAGGAACACCUCGGCGAGCCAAUGCGACGAGUGCUCAGUCUCCUCUGAAGACCCACAUCGAGAGUGUCGCACAAGCUGAGCUUCGCGCUAUACGACAAGAGUCUCUUGACGAAGUCUACGAGCUGCUGAGGCAAAGGCGAAGGGAGAUUGUUGCUCGCGAGGCAAAAAUUCGAACCGAAGCGCUCAAGCUCCUGGCCAAAGUCGAGCCCGCCAACGUUGCCUCUUCCGUGGCGAAUCUGGAAUAUAUCCCCGUCUCUGGACAACAAAAAGCGUCGCCGUCAAUCUCUAUGCCGCAGCAACAAACACCCUCAUCGGCGGCCACCCAGUCCGUCACAGAAGGCUCGCCACUGUUUGAGAGGAGAAAGCCCACGGUGCCGUCGUCUCUGGGCGCCACUUCGUCCUUUGGGACCUCUCUUGGCGACAACAAUGGCACUCCUACCUUUUCAUCGUCAGCAAUGCCCUUCGCACAAGGUCUUCGAGCGGGAGCGAAGUCGACAAGGACUGAGCAAUCAACAGCAGCAGGACCUGCAUUGUCUUCGAGCGUUGGUGCUCUCUCCGCCUCUUUCGCCAUGCGAGGAAGGGACCCGCCUCCUGCACUCAGCGAUCGUGCUCCUCCGACCACGGGAGACGGCAGCACAUCCACUGGCUCGCAAGACAUGCGAGGGACGUCUUCGAAGGAUGACGCGACUUCUUCUCCGGGCGAGGAUGAGGAGAGAGAGAGGGAGAGACAAAGGGAACGGGAGGAGGAUGAAGAGGACUGGUACGCCCACAAGAGACGGAUGAGGGAGCGCUACCCGCACGCAGACCACUCAGCCUUGCCCAGCGCGGCCAACUCGGACGAUGAAGAGACCGGCGUGAGGCUCAAGGGAGGCUGGGCUCACGAGGACGAUGACGAUGACGAGGGUAGGGACGUUUGGCAAGGAAGGAGAGACGAGGAGAGGAGGGGUAGAAAAGAAAGAAGCAGGAAAGAGGAUGAAGAGAACGAGCAGAAAGAAUACGAUAGAGAGGGAGGACUCCGAGGUAGGGGACGAGGAAGAGGAAGAGAGAGAAACGUGGCAUUAUCUUCUUCGAUGAAUUUGGAGGAGAAAAGUCGUGCUUUGACGGGCAUCAGCGAAGGAAGUGCCGGCGCACUCUUAUCACCGACCAACUCCAGGAGAGAAGGGCCCAAGAAAGGAGCACUGAAAAGCAGCAGCUCUUCGACCGAUGCCACAACUACGUCCACCCCGGAUGCCUCUAAAAGGGCGAGCAAGGAUGCAAAGAGCGCCUUGCAGUACGUCUCCGGCGUCAAAGUGGAAGCUACGUCCGAGAAGAAGGUCAUGUUUGCAGACAAUGCCGAGGAGGUUGGUCAGGGCGCAUUCGUGGCCGACGAAGAAGAUGAAGAUGAUGAAGACAGCACUACCGAAAAGAGACUGAACUAUACAGAACCGGUCGACGAAGGCGCCAACGCCCUCUUUGACAUCGACGAGGACAUUGACGAAAGUAAGAUUGGAGAGGACAGGAACGGCCAGGAACGAAGCACGGAAGAAUCCGAGAACGAGCUGAGAAAAGGACAGGAGGAGCUCCUGGAAGAAGAGGCGAAGAAAAGAGGAGCGGUCGAAACGAUGCAGACGGGCGAGGAGGAAGCAGGUUCGGGAAGGACAGACGACCUUCCCUAUGAAGAACACAUUGCUCAAUCGGUUCCGCACGUAGGAUCGUUUGCUGCUCUGGUCGAAGCGCAGUCUGCCCAACCUGGCAGUGCAUCUCUGCCCCGUCGCGAUAGCUUCGGCUCAGGAGUGCAGGGCAUUCGCUCGCCGGACAGGCAUGUGACAAGCCACGGUGACUUUGAUCCCGCCUCGCUGCGACUCGACGGUCGCCAGUCUCAAAGCGUCGUCCCACCACAGAGAGGUGUAGCGGACGUCGACUUCAACACGACUCCUAGAAGAGGUGGUGCUCUUCCCAACUUCUUCCCCAGUGACGACAGAGGAGGUUCUAGGGCAAUGAUGGGCUCUAACAUUGGCUUCCGUGUGGCAGUGAACGAGGCUGAAGCGCGCCUAAGCGGACUGUUGGCCCCACAUGCGCCCUCUCACCGAGAUUUGUGGACAGGUGCGGGGAGGUGGAAAUCAGCGUCCGGCCGCAACUCGAGCAAGGAAAGGGCAAAGUACAUUGAUGAGGAUGCCGAGGAUGAAGGUGAAGAAGACCUGGACGUGGACAACAAUGACGAUCAAGACGAUGGCAAUGGAGGUCGCUCCUGGCGACGCAGACGCCAGGCUGCAGCGAAAGCCGCCGCAGCUACUACCAUCAGCACAAGUGAUGAGACAAAGUUCGCCCCCAGCUCGGUGCCCAUCGCCAUCACCUCACCCCCCGGAGGUCGCUCAUUCGGUGGCCGAGGUGGAGCAUUUGCUUCUUUCGCCCCUGGCUCGAAAGCGUGGCAGCGCGAUGACACCUCUGGCUUUGACUUGGAGCCUAAGACAUCACUGCCAUACCGAGAGAAGAAGAUGACACCUUCGCUUCGAAAGGCUACGCGCAGAGUGUCACAGACCGCAUCGGCUGCAUCAACGCUUCCUACGAUUGCAGAUGCCGCCGAGACGACCUCUUCAGCAUCGUCCUCUGCCGGCACCACGCGGGGCAGAACCUCACUGCUCAGCUCCCAGCCCUCAGGCGAGGAGUCUUUCAAGCCCGGCAAGCCCCCCAUGCCAACAAGACGAAGCUCAGGGAAUGUAAAUGCUGCUGUAGCGGCAUCAGCCGCUGCGAUGGCUGCAACGUCAUCGUCGAAAGCAUCAGAAGUCGCCAUGGCGGCGGCCGGGAAGAAGGAAGCCAGCAAACCUACCAUUGGCUUUGACCCGAAUGAGGCAAGCGUCUCAAUGCGCUCGCCUAUACCGACCUCUGCCGCCAUUGCAACUCCUCAAGCUGACAAGUUGGCUGCACCUGAUUCCGGCAAGGCGACGCCUAUGACAUCGUCGCCAUCUUCGACUAGCAGUGCUCGCCGUUCGCCGCAACCGCCCUAUGUUGCACCGCCUCCCCCUCGCACGACUAAUCUUCGGCUGCAGCCUGAUCCCGCGCUAAGACCUGCACCUCUCACACUCUUUGACGCCGCCUGCGAUGACACCCUGGCAUCCAAUGAGGUCGGAGAGGAGGAAGAGACAGACUAUGCCAAAGUGCUGCACUUCAUGCAUCGCGUUGAAAGGCUCAAGAUCAACAAGCGCACCGGCUGGCUGCACCACCGCAUCGAAAAAGCGGAGAGUAUUGCCGAUCACAUGUACCGAAUGGCACUGCUCUCGCUGCUUCUGCCCGGCAAGGAAGAGGGAACUUCUGAUGAGGGAGUGGGCAACGAUGAGAAAACGCUCUUGGACCUGGGCAAGUGCGUACAGCUCUGCAUUGUACACGACCUGGCCGAGGCAGAGGUGGGCGAUUUGACGCCAAAGGACGGUGUUGAUCCCAAGGAGAAGCUGCGCAGGGAAGCCGCCGCGAUCCAAUAUCUCGUGCAUGACCUUUUGGGCAGCAGUGCCGCAGGACUGAGGAUCGAAAGGCUGUGGAACGAGUACGAGGCGAGGGAGACGGCAGAGGCAAAGGUGGUCAAGGAUCUCGAUCGCUUCGAGCUCUGCCUCCAGGCAGUCGAGUACGAGCGCGAGAACGACAUUCGUGACCUCCAACCCUUUUUCCUGAGGAGUAUCAAUCUCAUCACUCACCCUCGUCUACGCCAGUGGGCAAUCGAGCUGGCAAAAGAAAGGCAAGAGCUAUGGGAAGGCAGAGGAAUUGCAUACAAGCAAGCCUACCCCUGACGUCCCGGCUGUCGAGACAUGAAGUCAAUUCCAUCAAAAAUAGCCAACGUUGUUGAGCUGUAGAUAUAGCAAGCGAAACGAAAAGUCAAUGAAAGAUUCUAAAGUGGCG